AUGCUGACGCAGCCUGGCGAGGACUCCACGCCCGAGGACGCGCAGAUGAUGCUGUGGAACGUGCUGGAGGAGCUGGCGCCGCGCGCAGCCAGCGCCGCGUCCGACCGCCACGCGGGCGAGCUGCUCGAGGUGUUCCUGCCCAAGAUGAGCGACGCGCAGCUGCGCUUCCUGCUGCACAAGAUGGCGGGCUACGUGAGCCACCUGUGGACCAACCGCUACUCGUCGCACGUGCUGCAGCACUUGCUGUCGCUCGCCAGUGUCGUGGUGGCCAAGGAGGUGGACGGAGAGGAGGACAAGGACAAGCAGGACGAGGAAGAUGACGACGAGGACCGCAUGAAGGACAUUCCGCCCAUGAGUGACGUUAUUAUUAACAUGGUCAAGGAGGUGGAGGGCGAGUGGAUCACGCUCAUGAACGACGUGAGCGCCAGCCACGUGCUGCGCUCGGUGCUGGCGGUGCUGGCGGGCAAGCCCCUGGUGCCCGAGAAGCGCGGCAAGAAGGCCAAGCACCGCAUGGUGACGUUCACGGAGGCGCGGCCCGGUAAGGACGGCAGCGAAGUGAGCUACGACGUGCCGGACACCUUCGAGAAGCUGUUCAAGGAGCUGCUGUCGGUGCUGAUCGAGAGCCCGACGCACGAGCUGCAGAACCUGCUGUACGACCAGAACUCGGGCCCGCUGAUCGCCUCGGCGUUGAAGUUGGCGCCAUCUAAGAGCCGACGGAAACUGGCGGAGAAGAUCCUCCAGUGGGAGGAUGAAGCCGCGUGCGAGAGCGGGUUCUUCGACUUGGCGGCCGACGCGGUGACCAGCCACUUGCUGGAGGGACUGUUCGAGAGCGCCAGUGACAAGUUCUUCACCAAGGUGUUCGAGCGCUGCGUGCGCGGCAAAAUGCUGCAGCUGGUAGAGCACAACAUUGCCAACUACGUCGUUCAGCACGCGAUCAAGCUUGUGCGUACGGAGGCGCUGGCUCUGGAGGUUCUGGAGGAGCUGGAGGCGUCGCUGUGGACGCUUUUGACCAUGGGCAGACCCGGCGUUAUUUGGCGCGUGGUGGAGAUGUGCGUCAAGUUCAAGCUGCACCAGCAGGGGGUCCUUGAAGCCCUCGUGAAUGCCGUGGCGAAGCAAGAGAGCAAGAAGCCCGAGGCUGUCCGCAAGAACUUUGUGGCGUCAUUGCUCAACGUGCAGCUGUCGACCUCUGCGACCUCUGCUAAGGUGCAGUUGAACGUCAUGGGGGCCAAGAUCAUCGAGCAGAUGCAGCAGUUCGAGGCUGGCGAGUAUUUGACGCCUUUGUACAAGGGCAUUCUCUCGUUCAACUCGGCGCAGCUCAUGGCUCUGGCGAAGGAUUCCACCGGCAGUCGCUGCAUUGUGGAACCCAUUUGGGAGUCCAAGGAACCGAGCACCGCCUGGGUGCGGCAAGAGCUGUACGAGCGGUUUGUGGGCAAGUUCGGCACGUUGGCGAUGGAUCGUCUUGGAGCUUUCUCGGUCAUGAAGUGCUACGAGGAUCUGCCUCUGGACAAGAAGGAGGCGGUUGUGCACGAACUGCUUGCAGUUGAGAACCAGCUCAGCGGCAGUCACUUUUCGCAGCUUGUGAUGAACACGUGCCACCUGUUCGAGUACAAGCAGAGCCGCGAGAAGUGGGAGGCCCUGUACACGAAGCAGCAGAAGAUCGCCGACCUGUUCAAGGAUGUCGUGGAGGGUGACGAAGCGACUGAAGAGGGCACCAAGAAGCACAAGAAGCACAAGAAGGAAAAGAAGUCCAAGAAGCGCAAGGCUGCUCAGCUCACUGAGGAGGAGGCAGAGCAGCGUAAGGAGGAGGUUGCGAAAAGCGCCGACGUGGCUAUGAUCAUGGAUGUGCUGCGGAGUGGAGCUGCCGACAAGGAUAAAAAGUCGAAGAAGAGCAAGAAGAGCAAGAAGCGCCGAGUUGGCGACGAAGAGUGA